AUGGAGUGGUCCACAGUUCAGCACCUAGAUCUGCGCCAUGUUGGUCGCGGCGAUAACAAACCCUUGCAGCCACAUGCCGCUGCGUUUCACCAUAAUCAGGCGCUCAUCGCCGUCGCUAUGGGAACCUACGUAAUUGAAUUUGAUACUUUAACUGGAAGCAAGAUUGCUUCUAUUGACAUUGGUUCACCUGCUGUUCGCAUGGCUUAUAGUCCUACCAGCAGCCAUGCUGUUGUCGCUAUUCUUGAGGACUGUACAAUUAGGUCCUGCGAUUUUGACACUGAGCAAACUUUUGUGCUGCAUUCGCCUGAAAAGAAGUCGGAACAAAUUUCCAUUGAUACAGAAGUUCAUCUUGCAUUGACAGGUCUCCAACCGGUUGUAUUUUUUGGGUUCCACAGGAGGAUGAGUGUAACUGUUGUUGGAACUGUUGAAGGAGGAAGGGCUCCUACAAAAAUAAAGACAGACUUGAAGAAGCCAAUUGUUAAUCUAGCUUGCCAUCCCCGUCUACCUGUGCUGUAUGUAGCUUAUGCAGAUGGUUUGAUCCGAGCUUACAACAUUCAUACAUACGCCGUUCAUUACACACUACAACUUGAUAAUACAAUUAAACUUAUUGGUGCUGGUGCAUUUGCUUUUCACCCGACAUUGGAAUGGAUAUUUGUUGGUGAUAGGCGAGGUACACUUUUAGCAUGGGAUGUAUCAACAGAGAGACCUAUUAUGAUUGGAAUUACACAAGUGGGUUCCCAACCAAUAAUCUCAGUUGCUUGGCUUCCCUUGUUGCGUUUAGUUGUCACUCUUUCCAAGGAUGGUACUUUUCAAGUUUGGAAAACAAGAGUGAUGCUUAAUCCUAAUAGACCUCCUAUGCAAGCAAAUUUCUUUGAGCCUGCCUCAACUGAAUCAAUAGACAUCCCUCGAAUUCUAUCUCAGCAAGGUGGAGAAGCAGUUUAUCCCUUACCACGAGUUAAAGCCUUAGAAGUUCACCCAAAAUUGAAUUUAGCAGCUCUAUUGUUUGCAAAUUUGACAGGUGGUGACAAUAUUAAGAAUAGGGCUGCAUACACUAGGGAAGGAAGGAAACAGCUCUUUGCCGUCUUGCAAAGUGCAAGGGGAUCUUCAGCAUCUGUUCUAAAGGAAAAACUCUCAUCCAUGGGCUCAUCUGGAAUUUUAGCUGAUCAUCAACUUCAAGCACAAUUGCAAGAGCAUCAUCUGAAGGGGCACAAUCACUUGACGAUUGCAGAUAUUGCAAGGAAGGCAUUUCUUUACAGCCAUUUCAUGGAAGGUCAUGCCAAAAGUGCUCCAAUAUCUCGGCUGCCUCUCAUCACAAUGCUAGACACUAAACAUCGACAGAAAGACAUUCCUGUUUGUCAGCCAUUUCAUUUGGAGCUCAAUUUCUUCAAUAGAGAGAACCGGGUUCUUCAUUAUCCUGUCAGAGCCUUUUAUGUAGAUGGUGUAAAUAUUAUGGCAUAUAAUCUCUGUUCUGGAGUUGAUAGUAUCUACAAGAAACUUUACACUUCGAUUCCGAGCAAUGUGGAAUAUUAUCCAAAGUACAUGGUUUACAGUAAAAAACAGCAGCUGUUUCUUGUUGUUUAUGAAUUCAGUGGCACUACAAAUGAGGUUGUCCUCUAUCGGGAAAAUUUCGAUUCCCAGUUAGCUAACAGUAAAAGUAGCACUGUCAAAGGUCGAGAUGCAGCAUUUAUCGGGCCCAAUGAAAAUCAAUUUGCAAUUCUUGAUGAAGACAAAACUGGAUUGGCUUUAUACAUUCUUUUGGGGGUGGACUCACAAGAAGCUGAUGAAAAGAACCAGCCAGCAGAUUCAAAUGUUGGUUCAGUUCGCGGUCCAGUGCAGUUUAUGUUUGAAACUGAAGUUGAUCGCAUCUUUUCCACUCCAAUAGAGUCAACUUUGAUGUUUGCAUGUAACGGUAAUCAAAUUGGGAUGGCAAAGUUGAUUCAAGGAUACCGCCUUUCAACUUCAGAUGGUCAUUAUAUACCAACUAAAACUGAAGGGAAAAAGUAUAUCAAGUUGAAAGUUAAUGAAAUUGUGCUUCAGGUACAUUGGCAAGAGACUCAGAGAGGCUAUGUUGCAGGAAUUUUAACUACUCAAAGAGUACUUAUAGUUUCGGCUGAUCUUGACAUUUUGGCAAGCAGUUCCACAAAAUUUGAUAAAGGACUUCCAUCAUAUAGAUCCCUUUUGUGGGUUGGGCCAGCACUUCUGUUUUCUACCGCUACUGGAAUUAGUGUGCUAGGCUGGGAUGGAAAAGUUAGGACCAUUGUCUCAAUUAGUAUGCCAAAUUCAGUUUUGGUUGGCGCUUUGAAUGAUCGCUUAUUGCUCACUAACCCAACGGAUAUCAGUCCCAAACAAAAGAAAGGGUUUGAGGUUAAGAGUUGUCUUGUUGGGCUUCUUGAACCUCUUCUUAUCGGGUUUGCCACGAUGCAGCAAUAUUUUGAGCAGAAGCUUGACCUGUCUGAAAUAUUGUACCAAAUAACAUCAAGAUUUGACAGCUUGCGUAUAACUCCCCGGUCUCUUGAUAUUCUUGCCAAAGGUCCUCCUGUCUGUGGGGACCUUGCUGUAUCGCUAUCCCAAGCUGGACCACAGUUCACUCAGGUGUUGCGGGGCAUAUAUGCAAUUAAAGCUCUCCGGUUUUCUACUGCUCUAUCUGUUCUGAAGGAUGAAUUUUUGCGCUCUAGAGAUUAUCCAAAAUGUCCUCCAACCUCGCAUUUAUUCCAUCGCUUCCGGCAAUUGGGAUAUGCCUGUGUAAAGUAUGGACAGUUUGACAGUGCCAAAGAAACUUUUGAAGUCAUAGCAGACUAUGAAAGCAUGCUUGAUAUGUUUAUAUGCCACCUUAAUCCUAGUGCAAUGCGUCGUCUUGCUCAAAGAUUGGAAGAAGAAGGGGCUAAUUCGGAAUUGAGGCGAUAUUGUGAAAGGAUUUUAAGAGUCCGUUCUACUGGAUGGACACAAGGCAUUUUUGCCAACUUUGCUGCUGAGAGUAUGGUUCCGAAAGGACCUGAAUGGGGUGGUGGGAACUGGGAAAUCAAGACUCCUACUAACUUGAAGAGUAUACCUCAGUGGGAACUGGCUGCAGAAGUGGUGCCUUAUAUGAGGACUGAUGAUGGUCCCAUACCAUCUAUUAUUUCUGAUCAUAUUGGCGUUUACCUGGGCUCAAUCAAGGGAAGAGGCAAUAUUGUCCAAGUAACAGAAAAAAGUUUGGUUAAACCUUUCAUGCCUGCAGGAGCUGACAAUAAACCUAAUGGACUUCAUACUACUUUAGCUAAAUCUAUGUCUAACAAAUCAAAGGGAGCGCCUGAUGGUGAUUCCAAGGUCAGUUCACUGAUGGGUCUGGAAACUCUUACAAGUCAAUAUGCUGGUUCCACUGCUGCUGAUGAACAGGCUAAAGCUGAAGAAGAAUUUAAGAAAACAAUGUAUGGUGCAACUGCUGAUGGUAGCAGCAGUGAUGAGGAGGGAGCAUCAAAAGCCAAAAAAUUACAAAUUAGAAUACGAGAUAAGCCUAUUGCAUCUGCUACAGUGGAUGUCAAUAAGAUUAAAGAAGCCACGAAGCAGUUUAAACUUGGUGACGGGUUGGGCCCACCUAUGAGGUCUAAGUCAACUAUUGGAUCCCAGGACCUUGGUCAGAUUUUAUCCCAACCUUCUCCUGCUACCAGUGGAAGUGCAGCCGCCCCUACAGGUUCUGCUCCUGUUGACCCAUUUGGUACUGAAUCUUGGGCACAGCCUCCAUCAGUAUCACAGCCAGCUCCUACGGCUGCAGGUAUGGGAGCUACAGCUCGACCUAUUCCAGAAGACUUUUUCCACAAUACAAUUCCGUCGCUCCAAGUUGCUGCCACCCUGCCUCCUCCUGGAACUUCUUAUCUUGCAAAAUAUGAACAAGCUGCUAGAGGCAUUGAAAGUAGCAAUGUAACACCUAACCAGGCAAGUGUAUCUGCCGCUGAUAUUGGUCUCCCUGGUGGUGGUAUUCCCCCACAAGCUCCUCAGCAACCUGCAAUUCCUGUUGAGUCCAUUGGACUUCCUGAUGGUGGUGUUCCACCACAAUCUUCUGGUCAGGCUCCUUUCCUGUCUCAACCUCAGGUUCAAGCUGCUCGGGUCCCACCUUCCACACAACCUCUUGAUCUCAGUGCCCUUGGAGUUCCAGAUUCUGGGAAACCCACUACUCAUCCCGUUUCUCCGCCAGCAUCAGUCCGCCCUGGACAGGUUCCUCGUGGGGCAGCUGCUCCAGUAUGUUUCAAGACUGGUCUUGCUCACCUUGAGCAGAAUCAACUUCCAGAUGCACUAUCUUGUUUUGAUGAAGCUUUCCUUGCACUAGCUAAGGAUCAGUCUCGAGGCGCUGACAUUAAAGCUCAAGCAACCAUCUGUGCACAGUACAAGAUAGCAGUCACUCUUCUGCAGGAUACGUUUAGUCCCCAGUCCCAUUCAUUAAAAAUACCCAGUGAAUCUAGGAGUGGCUGUGCUGAUAACUGA